GCUCUCCCCAAAGGCACAGCACAAAACUCGCUCUUCUCUUCGUUUUUUUGUGACACAAAGAGGAGUGUCAGGCAGCAUAAAUUUCAGCAUACAAAAUUCCACACACUCGCAACGCGUCGCAGAUACUUUUCGGCAAAGUUUUCCGCAGGAAAAGCCAGUGUAAAUAAUUUGAAAACCCCGAGAAAAAUGGCAAACAGUUCCUCUUAGUUUUUAGCGGAUUGGUGUAAAUAGAUUGCUGUUCGUCUAGCGUUAAAUUAGUGAAAAUUGAAUAAAACAGAAGAAAGAAUAGACGACAAACGUAAAUAAAAGACAGCCCGAACGAGAGGUGGAGAGUGACGAGCGACAGUCAGAGCGCGGAGAGCAACGUGUCGAGCAACAAAUUAAUAAUAAAAAAAUACAAAAAUAACAAAAAAAAACACAAAUUGAAACACAACAACAAACGCAGAAGCGGCAGCGAUUCUGGAUUUCUAGAGGCAGCGGCACAUUCAAAAGAUGGGCUGUGGACAGAGCAAGAUACAUUUGUAUCCCAGGAAAUCGAAGAGUAAAGCGAACGGCAAGAAAGGAGGACAUGCCGACUCAGAUGCCGAAACGGACGAGGACGAAGGCCACAUCGAGGAUGCCGAGAAGGCACAGCAACGCGACCGCGAGAAGCACGACGAGAGCGAGGAGCUAAGCAAUAAGGACAUCCAGGACAGCGACGAGGACGUGGCCGUCUCCCUGCUGCGCGCCAAGAACCUAUCGCUGCUCCAAAGCCAGGAAAUAUCAUCUAGCCAACAGAACUUCUUCCGCAUGCUGGACAAGAAGAUCGACGAGGGGCCCGACUACGACUCGGCCAGCGAGACGGAGAUCGCUUUGGAGGAGGCCCGACUGAACGCCCUGCGUCAACACUGGGAAUCCGCCAGCAUCACGGCCUCCAUCUGCUCCUCGGCCAGCCGAUCGCUGCAGACGACGCCCAUCCGCCAAGUGCAGGUGCCGCUGAAGCAGCCGCCCCGUGGAGCUGGCCUGCUGCUCCAGCCUUCAAGUGCGGCGACGGUCACCGCCUCCUCCUCGACGAUAGUCACGCUGCCCACGACGGAGUAUCUACCUCAGCAUGUGAUGGCGGGGCGGCAGCAGCAGCAGCAACAACAGCAACAACAGGCGGCAGUGCUCUACCAGCAGCAAGAGCAGCAGCAGCAACUAAUCCUGCUGCCCCAGUUGGAUCCUAAUGUUGUUGUCAACACGUCCACGGCGGCAGCAGCGGCACAGCUCGUCCAGUUGCAGCAGCAACAUCAACUCAGUCAGCAGCAACAUCAGCAGCAACAGCAACAGCAACUCAGUCAGCAGCAACAGCAACUGUACCAGCAGCAACAGCAAUAUCUGUUGUCCCUUCCCGCCGGAGCCAAACCGCAGAGCGUGAGUCCCAAGCGCCUGAUCUACGGCAGUACCGCUGGUCCAACAGGUCCACCGGGCAGUAGUACCUCUGUCUGUCCGCCGCCGGCACCGCCUCCUUCCGUUCAGUAUAUUGCCACCGGGCCAUCGAGCGGUGGCUUCCUCAAUGGCGCCGGCGCCAUUUCCGGUAUCGCAGCGGGACGAGGACCCCUGCAGCUGGCCUACUACGGUGCCGCCCCUCCGAGCACUGCCCCUCCGACGGCGACGUCCAUCCUAACCAACGCCCCCGAAACGUACGAACCGCCAACCGCUCCACACAGCCAAAUUCAGCAGCAGCAGCAACAGCCACCACCUCCUCCGCCAGGCGCCUACUAUGGCGAGAUGAUGCACGGCGUACAGCCCGCUCCAACGGCGGAAUAUAAGUUCCCGCCUGCCAUCAGCGUUCAGCGACUGGCACCGCAAGUGCAGCGGCAACUGCGUGAGACGCAGGAACUCAUAAAAGACUCGUGCCCUCAGCUGUAUGCAGCAGGAUAUGGCAGCCCAGGACCACCGAUACGCAAUCCCAGCAGGAACCCCUCUAGAACUAGACCCACCCUGGAGACCCAGUUCUCGCAGGAACUCUCGUGAUAUCUAUAUAUGUAAACAGCCAGCAGACGGAGGAUGCACCCACGUUCAGACACACACACAGUUGGAAUAAAAACUGCAGCCAAAGAUGAAAGCUAAAAUUAACCAAAAUUAUAAAUCGAACCCCAUGACAAAAAUCCAAGAAAAGCCAAAAAAAAAAAAAAAACGAAAAAUCGAAGAAAAUCAAUUAAGAAAUUGUAAAACUGCACUCAAUGUUUCAGACCCUCAGAACAACCCCCGGUGGGCAGAUCGAGCCCCCUAUAUGCGUACUACUUACAACAAACAAGAUGAGCAACUACUAAACCUAUGCGGAGCAACAAAUAAAGCAUUAAACUACAAGAAUAUUCAAGAGGCAGCCAAAGAACCGAGCAGAUAGGAUAGGGAUGUAGCCAGUUGGAUCAGAAAGCGCAAGGUACAUAGAUUUAGGAAUCGAGGAGUAUAGCGUUAUAAAGCGAUAUAUAUGCAAAUGCCACAAAGAGGAUGCGGAGUAGGAGGAGGAUAGAGG